UUGAAAUCAAUAUUGACCCUUAGAUUUGUGUAUGACUUGGACUAAAAAGCCAUUUCUCUCUCAUCAAUUCUCAAUCCAACGGUUACCAACUAUGGUUGCACAAAUCCUUUUUGUCCCAAGACUACAAGGUCAAGGUCACCAUCCCUCGUUAGUUCUUAGACAAAUCCUACAAACAAGUCUGCAUGAUAAUACCAAAGUUUUACCAUAUACGACUCUCAUAAAAUCUUCAGUUUCUUUUCCCAAACGGACUUUGAGCUUUUGCCUAUAAAGUAUAAAGACUCUCUCUGUUUUCCAUAUUAACAGAGUUCUUGAAUUUUUGCUUGUUCAUGAACUGUGGCGAAGAAUAUCCAAUCAUGGGAUUUUCAAUGAAUGGUUUCUUUUUCCUAUUGUGCCUCUUAGCCUUAUCUUCUUCUUCUCCUUCAUUUGGUGACAGCUCUGAACAAAUAGUGACAAACAUGAGCUAUGUUAUAUCUGCUAGAAAUCUCAAGCCUUACCACUGGCGUUACAUUAAAGUUGAAUUGCCACCUCCUCCUUUUUACGCGUCAGCAUCUAUUGAAUUAUCAUCAAACGUCAAACUUAACCUUGAACAUAUAGACAAGUAUCCUAAGAUGAAGUUGCCAAUCAUAUGCUUUCAUUUUGGUGGUCCGCCUCUUCCAGACGUCUCAAAUACUGCUAUAGAAGAUCUAGUGCUAAAUGACUUGCCUAGUGGAUCUGUUGGAGACAUACAGAAUCUUCAGAAUGAAGAGCAAUGCUAUCCUUUGCAGGAAAUGAUGACAUUCAAAUUGUCGUCUCUGCAGAUCACACCCGGAGUUUACUAUAUUGGCUUGUUCAAUGGCUUUGGACCUACUAGAACUCAAUCAAAGAUGAUAAAUAGGGGCUCAGGAUACUCUUUCACUGCAAAUAUUAUUGUGGAGGGCUGCUUGCACCCUAGAAUGUGGGGUGAAUACUGUAAUCGGGCAGUUGAUGACCUUUCCAUGGAGCAAUCUGAUGGGAGAUAUAAUGAAACUGUGGAAAGCAUUGCUUACAGGAAUUAUUCUAGGACUAUAUGCACACAAAAAUUUGAUGUGAAUGCCUAUGCCUUGACUGUAAUGGAGGCAGUAGAACAAGUGAGGAUAAGAGUGAAAAAUAUCAGUGAAGCUUCAAGGAACUCCGGUGAAUUUUCCAUAAUGUUGUAUGCUCGUUAUAAUGCACUUCCAGACAAAAUUUUGUAUGAUUAUACUACUGAUAUAAGUGAAGAUCCUCUAGUCAUCCAACUACCAAGGGCUGGUGUAUGGUAUUUUGCCAUUGAACCAGUUUUUAAGUCAUAUGUACAAGAAGGAAUGCAAAAAGGAAAUAUAGAACCUUGCUAUUUGGUGGAAUGGGAAGUAAUUGCAUGCACGCAAGAAAAGGCGGGAUCAAAUUGUACUUGGAAACAACACGUUCUUCAGGCAAUUCUUUAUCAAAACCAAAACAUUCCUAUAGUUUAUUUGCCAGACAGCGGAAAUGUAUUCUCAGAGUCAGUUGAUUUCUAUCUGGAACCCUACUUAAGCAAGUCUUCAUAUGGGAAUGGUCAUGGAUCAGAUUAUGGUUGGACUUAUUUUCUUCUGUAUACAGAACAAGGCACAGAAGGUUAUAAUACUCACAUUCAACUCACAUCAGACAGAAAAUUAAGUUAUGGGUUAUAUAUUAGGUUUGGUGGAUUACCGUCUCUUGACAUGUGGGACUAUAGCUACUUGGACCAGACAAGCAAAAGCAAUAACAACUCCAUGUUUAAAUUGUAUGAUACAAGUCAAGAAGGAAUCAACUUGUAUAUCUUAUAUCCCACAGCAGGACUUUGGAUUAUUGGGUUAAGGCAUCCUGUUGAUUUAAAUAAUCAAUCAAGCCCCCGAACCAUGAUGACAAUCUCAACUGAAUACUGCCCAAAUCAAUGCUCUGGUCAUGGGACAUGUGUGUACAGUCAUGAUUUAAGUAAAUCAGCAGAUUACAGCUACUGCUCCUGUGAUAGAAACCAUGGGGGAUUUGACUGCAGUGUCACUCUAUUAUCAAAAGCAGGUUAUUACACAGUACACUUUCUCUCUGUUCAUGAGCAGAGAUUGCAAGCUAUUUUUCUUAUUGCAUCAAAUGCUGCAGCCUUACUUCCUGCAUUUAAAGUCUUUCAACAGAAGGCAUUCGCAGAAUGGGUGAUCUUCAUGUCUAGUGGAAUUUCAAGUGCACUGUAUCAUGCAUGUGAUGUGGGUAGCUGGUGUGCUCUAUCUUAUAGUACUCUACAGUUUAUGGAUUUUUGGCUUUCUUUCUUGGCUGUGGUGAGCACUUUUGUAUACCUAACCAUUUUUAGUGAACCUGCAAAAAGGACAAUCCAUACAGCUGCAGCCAUUAUUACGGCACUCCUAGCUGAAAGGGGUGCAACCAGGUCCAGUAAUAUUAUAAUUGUAUUAUCAAUAGGGGCUUUGGCCUUUCUUAUUGGAUGGUUGAUACAACUAUGCACUCGAUGCAAAUCAUUUUCAUUUCCAGUAGGAUCCUCCUUAAAGAUAACUGAAAGAUGGCGGAGUUCCAAAGACCAGUUGCUUGGUCUUAUGAUGGCAAUCUAUAGAUACUUCCGCUGGGGCUAUGUGCUUCUAGGUCUAAUUGCAAUGUCCAUGGCUGCAAUAAGCUGGACUAAGGAAGAUGGUGAAACUUAUUGGAUAUGGCACAGCAUUUGGCACGUUUCUAUUUACACAUCAGCCUUCUUCUUUAUUUGCUCGAAAGCAAAGACUCAAAAUGUUGACAAUCAAGAAGCACCGGCUGCAGCAUCAUAUGAACUAACUCAGCAGGAAUCAUUCGCUUCAGUUUGAUAAACAAGGAUAAGAAAUGUUACUAAGAAAGAUAAAGAACCCCAAAAGAGUUGGGGUCAGGGGGAGGGAAGAAUAAUAAGACUUCCUCAUCCUGAAUGAUUUGUUUAAAGAAUUGUCAAUAUCUAUAUAUAUGAAAAAGUGAGGCUAGGAAAUGCACAGAUUAGACAAUGGAGGCAAUAUCAGUUUUGAUCAUUUUUUUUAACUACCUUUUUUGUAGUUUUACUGAUUCAUGUCUUUCCAAAAUAUAUUGAUUUGCUGGGAAAUUGGUAGAAAAUGUUAUAAUUGAUGAAUA